AUUACCGAAACUACCAAAAUCAGGGGAAAGUGAACAAGAAAAUCUUCUCCAUGGCGUCGUUUACCACUAAGCAAAUUUCUACACUGAAACUGUGUGCUUCAUAUUUUAGGUCGUGACUUGCAUUCAGUAGUAGCGAGUGGAGUUUGUAGCGGAAAGAGAAAGAAGGGUUUUGGGAAGGGAAGAAGAAUGAGCCAUUCGGACAUGGAGGAGGAAGAGGCCCCUGAUGUUAUCUGUGAGCUCGAAAACGUUCAGGGAUUAGUAGACGCCCUCACCGCUGUUCGGUGGAAGCGCCACCAGGAUGCUGUGUUGGAGUUGUCGGAACACGGCAUCGUUUUGAUCGUCGAAGAAAGCAGUUGCCUCCAAGCCAAGGUUUAUCUCAAACGAGAGCUUUUCCUUCGCUACGAUUACAAGUCACGAGGACGGCCUCGUUUUGGAGUGAGUUUGGGGCAUUUCGUUGAUUGCUUGAACGCCUUUUCACUUCCUGGUCAAUCUAGCGUUAUUCAGAUUCAAUAUCCAGGUCCUGAUAUGCAGCUUCUUCUCAAAUCUGUAGAUUCGCUGGAUGCCAGGAUUUGUGCAGAAAUCAGAACAAGGAUUCCAGAUACAACUGCAUGGAACUAUAAUUUUGAACCUGCAGGGGCCACCCCUUUAACCUUUACUGUUAAAUCUGCAGCACUAAAGGAAGCCAUCGAGGAUCUUGAAUGGCCUGGAUCAAGCAUCCAGAUUAUUCUAGAGCCAGAUCCUCCUUCUGUUACAUUAAGAGCCGAAGGACAUGGAGACUUGCAGAUAGAUUUCAUGUAUUAUGUCAAUUCUGAACUCUUGGUAGCAUUUCAGUGUGAUCAUCGAGCUUCUUUCAAGUACAAAUAUAAGUUCCUCAGAGCAACAACUUCUAACAUGCCUAGCAGUGUUAUUAAAGAAAAUAGAGGAAGCAAGUUAAGCAUUGGGAGAGGUGGAAUGUUAAAAGUUCAGCAUUUGGUUUCAAUUGCCAAACCCUUACACACACAUGUCGAUGCAGUUGGCUAUCAGCAACCAGGUAGAAUAGCCCAUAUUGAAUUCUUUGUGAAACCAGAGGAAACUGAGGACUAAACAAUGAUUAUUAGUUAUUGUAAAGGAAAA